UAAAAUGCCUGCUCCUUGCUGUACCCUCGCCAUGGCGUCGUGUCUCUGCUCUCUCAGUAACAGAAAGUGGCCGCCUCUCUGCUGUUGCUGCCGACUCAAAGCUCACAGACUCGCUCGGCGCCUCAAACCGCCAUUUUGGAGUCAGAGAACCGUGAGUCGGCAGCAGCGAAGAGAGAGACGAAAAGGGGGACACGGGGUCGAGGUGGGGUUUCCAUCAUUGAUCAUUAAUCUUGGAAUCAAGAACAAUGGCUUUCCUUACUGAAAAGUAAAAGUUGCUGCCCUGCUGGGCAGAGGUGUCUGUGCUGCAUGGCGUCAGGGCAGGGUGGCCGACUGGAGGCUGGGGCAUCAGGGAGCUCUGGCCUGGCCAAACCUCUCUACCUGCAGCGCUUGGAAAGAUCCCUGAGGUUGGACAGCUUCCUGCGCCAGACUGCUGCCAUCUUCAACGGAGACAUAACCACAAGUGAUGACAGUGAUGACAGCGAUGGUGCAUUGGGGACAGCGCUAUCCAUGGACCCCUCUGCCACUCAGCAUACAGCUUUGACCGUGAAGAGUGAGCCAUGUGAGCAAGAGGACUGCUUGUCAGAGGGCAAGCCCCUCAAUGGAAUUCUUCUGCAGGGUGAAGCAGACCAGAAGGCAGAUAAAGCCAGCCUCUACAAUUUCUCCAAGCUGAAGAAGAACAGAAAGUGGAUUAAGAGUAUCCUGUUGAGUGACGACACCACAGACUCGGACACAGACUCAGAUGACUCGGACUUCAGUUUAUCUCGGGAGGAACUGCAUGACAUGCUCAGGCUACAUCGCUACACCAGGCAGCAUCAGAGCAAGUUCCACUCUGACCGGGAGCUUCACCAAUAUCAGUACUACAGCACUGGACUACUCUCUACUCAUGACCACUUCUAUGAGCAACAGCGCCACCUACUGGGGCCGAAGAAGAAGAAAAUCAAAGAUGAGAAGAAAUUCAAGGCCAAAUUGAAAAAGGUGAAGAAAAAGAAGAAACGGGGAGAGGGAGAGUUUCUGGAUGAUGGGCGUCCUUAUAUCACCAAGAUCUUCGCAAAGUUUUCCCAUGAUGCUCCACUGCCCAUAGUGAAGAAGAAACAUCUCACUACUGAGCAGCUGAAUGCACGGCGGCGUAAGGUCUGGCUCACCAUCUCUAAAAAGGAGAUUCCCAAGUCUUUCAAGCAGAAGACCUCUGCUAAGAACUUAGUAUUGACCAAUACUAAAAAGUUGGCUCAUCAGUGCAUGAGGGAGGUUCGGCGUGCAGCCAUCCAGGCCCAGAAGAACUGUAAGGAGACGUUACCCCGGGCUCGCCGCCUCACCAAGGAGAUGAUGCUUUACUGGAAGAAAUAUGACAAAGUGGAGAAGGAGCACAGGAAGAGGGCAGAGAAGGAGGCCCUGGAGCAACGUAAACUGGACGAAGAGAUGAGAGAAGCCAAGCGUCAGCAGCGUAAACUGAAUUUCCUCAUCACCCAGACAGAGCUGUAUGCUCAUUUCAUGGGCGGUAAAGCCAGCAUGGGGGGUCCAGAAGGAGGUACGUCUCAGGAGGAAAUUCUGAGCAAGCUGGAAGACACCGGGGCACACAGACAGAUUGACAUUGGAGGCGGUGUAAUGGUCAACAUGGGACAGGAGGACUAUGAUAGCGAUUACUACAAGUCCCAGGCCUUGAGGAAUGCCAAAGAAGCCUACCAGAUUCAUCAAGAGAGAACGCGAAUGUUUGAUGAGGAGGCUAAGGACAGUCGCUGUGCGUCGCUCCACUCAGCAGUGGGCUCAUCCUCAGGCGCCGGCUCUGGGUUUGGAGAGAGCUACAGCCUCUCUAACCCGUCCAUCCAUGCAGGUGAAGACAUUCCUCAGCCCACUAUCUUCAACGGCAAACUCAAGGGUUACCAACUCAAGGGCAUGAACUGGCUGGCCAACCUCUAUGAACAGGGAAUCAAUGGAAUCCUGGCAGAUGAGAUGGGGCUGGGGAAGACAGUCCAGAGUAUCGCCCUGUUGGCACACUUGGCAGAGAGAGACAACAUCUGGGGUCCGUUCCUGAUCAUCUCUCCCGCAUCCACACUCAACAACUGGCAUCAGGAGUUCACCCGCUUUGUGCCCAAAUUCAAGGUGUUGCCAUACUGGGGGAAUCCACACGAUCGCAAGGUGAUUCGGAAAUUUUGGAGCCAGAAAACCCUUUACACCCAAAAUGCACCAUUCCACGUGGUGAUCACAAGCUACCAGCUGGUGGUCCAAGACGUCAAGUACUUUCAGAGGGUCAAGUGGCAGUACAUGGUUCUGGAUGAGGCCCAGGCGCUGAAGAGCAGCACCAGUGUUCGGUGGAAAAUUCUUCUGCAGUUCCAGUGUCGAAACAGACUGCUGCUCACCGGGACGCCCAUCCAGAACACAAUGGCUGAGCUGUGGGCCCUGCUGCACUUCAUCAUGCCUACAUUGUUCGAUUCCCAUGAAGAGUUUAACGAGUGGUUCUCCAAGGACAUCGAGAGCCACGCCGAAAACAAGUCUGCCAUUGACGAGAACCAACUUUCCAGACUGCACAUGAUCCUCAAGCCUUUCAUGCUGCGCAGAAUCAAGAAGGAUGUGGAAAACGAGCUCUCGGACAAGAUUGAGAUCCUGACCUACUGCCAGCUGACGUCCCGGCAGAGGUUGCUCUACCAGGCUCUGAGGAACAAGAUCUCCAUCGAGGAUCUGCUGCAGUCGUCCAUGGGCACGGCCCAGCAGUCCCACAGCACCACCUCCUCCCUCAUGAACCUGGUCAUGCAGUUCAGGAAGGUGUGUAACCACCCUGACUUGUUUGAGCGCCAGGAGACGCGCUCUCCUUUCCACAUGUCCCUUAAGCCCUACGUCAUGCCUAAGUUCCUCCACCGCCAUGGCCUCAUCCACGCACACAACCAGGCCAAAAACAAGUUACUUCAAGUGCUGUUGUCUCCCUUCUCUCCAUAUCACAUGCAGCAGUCUCUUUUCCACAGAAAAGGUGAUGACAAAGGAAGCUGUUUCUCCUUCCUGCGCUUCAUCGACGUGUCACCGGCUGAGAUGUCCAAUCUCAUGCUGCAAGGCACCUUAGUAAGAUGGUUAGCCCUUUUUUUGUCCCUCAAAGCUGCAUAUCGGCUCCACCAUCAGCGCCUGUUUGGCCUUGAAGAAGAGGGUCCGGAGGAAGCCAGACCCUCGCGGGGGGCGAGCGGGAGGUCGCAGCCCAGGAGUCAGUGUCUGUCUCGCAAUGACCUAAUUCUGUGGCUGAACAGACCCACCAAUUUCCCGAACAUGAACACCAGCCCCGUUCUACAGGACCUGGUGUUCACAGCCUUAAGACCCGGCAUGAUGGGACACACAGACGUGAUGAUCUACAGUCGAAACUCUGCCACCUCCACGCUGCGACCCUGCCAACCUACACCGCCACCCAAGUUCCUGCUAGCCGCCACACCCAGGGUGACAGCAGUUCCGAUGGAGCGCUAUUGUAACGACCGCAGUGCAGAGUAUGAGUGGCGGGUGACACGCAGUGGAGGGGGCACAGUCUUUAAACAGUGUUUCCUCUACGGCUCCCCCGAACUUGCCUCAGACUGGCGCGUGAGGGCCAAUGCCUUUCACCCACAAUGCCAUGGGGGUGUGAUGGCCCUCUACCCGCGACAUGGAUGGUCCUUCAUUCGGAUCCCUGAUAAGGAGAGCCUGAUCACUGAAAGUGGCAAGCUCCACACCUUGGAUAUCCUGUUGAGUCGGCUAAAGGCCCAGGGACACAGAGUCCUCAUCUACUCCCAAAUGACCCGCAUGAUAGACCUGCUGGAGGAGUACAUGGUUUAUCGUAAGCACACCUACAUGCGACUCGACGGCUCCUCCAAGAUUUCAGAGCGCAGAGACAUGGUGGCUGACUUCCAGAGCCGGACGGACAUCUUUGUUUUCCUGCUGAGUACGAGGGCUGGAGGGCUCGGCAUCAACCUGACUGCUGCUGACACUGUCAUCUUCUAUGACAGUGACUGGAACCCCACAGUGGACCAACAGGCCAUGGACCGGGCUCACAGGCUGGGUCAGACCAAGCAGGUCACCGUCUAUCGCCUCAUCUGUCAGGGAUCCAUCGAGGAGAGGAUCCUGCAGCGGGCCAAGGAGAAAAGCGAGAUCCAAAGGGUGGUGAUCUCUGGAGGCAACUUCAAACCAGACACACUCAAACCCAAAGAGGUGGUCAGCCUGCUGUUGGACGACGAUGAGCUGGAGAAGAAAUUGCGUCAGAGACAGGAGGAGAAGAGGCAGCUGGAAGAGUGCAGCAAGGUGAAAGAGCGCAAGAGGAAGAGGGAGAAGUACGCAGAGAAGCAGCAGAAGAAGAACAACGAGGAGUCCGAGGUCAAGAAGAAGAGGGAGGUGAACCUGGUCAUCUCUCACGCGCCCUCGGCAGACAACUCCAACCUCUCUGCCGACGGAGACGACUCCUUCAUCAGCGUCGAGAUGGACUCGGCCAUGCCCAGUCCCUUUAGUGAGAUCUCCCUGAGCAGCGAGCUCCAGCCCGGCUCGUUGCCCCCGGAUGCCGACGCCGACGAAAGCAGCAGCGACAUGCUGGUCAUCGUGGACGAUCCGGUGUCCUCUGCGCCGCAGUCUCGCGCCACCAACUCGCCCUCCUCGGUGUCUGGAUCAGUCUCUGACAACAUGAAUGGUGUUUCGGCCUCGGAAACGAUCAGCCCCGGCAGAGGCAGGUCUGGGCGGAGUCGGGGGCGGCCUAAAGGAUCAGGAGGGGGGGCCAAGUCUGGAGGGAAAGGACGUGGCCGCAAGUCAACAGCGGGCAGCGCGGCAGCCAUGGCGGGAGCGAUGGCUGGUGCGGCAGCCGCGUCUGCAGCAGCUUAUGCUGCUUACGGUUACAGUGUUUCUAAAGCAGGCCUCGCUGCGUCCAGCCCCCUGCAGCCUUCCCUGGGCCGGUCUGGCACCAGCCCCGCCUUCAACCCCAGCAGAAGCUCCUCCCCCCAGGCCAAAGGAGGCGCCUCCACCCCAAGCCCCAACAAACAGCUGGCCCACAGCCACCACCACAGCAGCCACGGCACAGUCAGGAAAGGCAAGGGCCCCGGUGGUCCCGGGGCUCGAUAAUGGACUCAUACACACUUGAAUGUGCCCUCUCUCUUUCACACACACACACACACACACACAGAAA